GGGAUGCUCAUCCCUGUCAUUCGCGAGGACGAAGACGGGGAGGGACUCCCUAACCCUGCAGGGUCUCGUUGAUAUCCCUAUCUGAAGACACUCUACUCUAACAAAUGUUGUCUUUGAGGAGAAUGUAGUGUCUGAUCAUGUGCCAAUGCUUAUAUACACUUGGAAGGGAGACAUGAGACACCAGGGGUCAUUUAAGUUUUGUGAUACAUGGUCUUUGCAUCCUAGAUUCUUGCCAAUGGUUUCUGAGAAAGAGUUUAGUGACUUAGAGGGUAGGAUAUCUAUAAUUUCUUCAUUGUUCCUUUUGCUGCAACAAAGUUUGGCUGUAUUUCCCUCGGAUGAAAUCUUGCUUGCACAAGAGAAAGCUUUGAAGGCAGAACAUAGGAAGCUAGUAUUGGCAAAGAAUUCUUUGUUGGUGCAGCUUUCUAAGGUAAAAUUGUUGCAGAACAAUGAUCUCAAUACUAAGUACUUCCAUGCCAGGCCUAAUGUACGUAGAGCUAAGUACUUUAUUGGGGCUAUCUGUGAUGACCAUGGCAAUAGAAGGAAAAAUGAGGAUGACUUUAAACAGAACCAUGGACUACUGAUCAACAAUAGCAACUCCUUUUGGCCUCAGACCCCAGUAUCUAAGGAAGAAAUUAAAAAUGCAAUGUUCUCUAUACCAAACAAGAAGGCGGGUUUUUGGCUGGACACCAAAUUAGAAAACCCUCGACCUCGAGCUCGACUCCUCCGGUCGUCCAAGUCCCAACCCAAGUUCUCUGCCUCUCAACCCUCACCCACACCGCCGGCGCUCCCCUUCCUCUCUGCUGUGUCCGAUCUUCGGUGUUGCUCUGUUGCUCUCUGCUUUCUGCAGCUGUUGAUCUGCAGCCCUCACCGAACCUGCUCUCUGCCUUCUGCUAAUGCACUCUCGCCGGAGCUGCUCUCUGCUCUCACCGAACCGAAGUUGCUAUCUACCUUCUGCUGAUCUGCUUUCUGCUCUCUGCCUUCUGCUGAUUUGCUCUCACCGGAGCUGCUCUGCUUUAUGCUGAUAUACACCGAACCGAAGCUGCUCUCUGCGUCUGCUGUGCUGUCUGCUGAUCUGCUCUGAUCGGAAGUUCGGAACUGGUUUCUGCUGAUACUUUCUUUCACUUCAGUUCAUCGACCCUACUUUCUGCUGUUCUGCUCUCACCGGCACUUGUCUCUGCUCUCACCGGCGCUUGUCUCUGCUCUCACCGACGCCGGUCACGUUCUGUGUGCCUCCUGUUCUGCAAUUGGCCUUCACUGCUUCACAGUUCACACUUCACAGCUUCAAAAGUUUUUCCCAUAGAUUGCAUAGAUUCAUUGCUCUAUAUUUAUGUUUUGCCUGGUAAUUUAUUUCUUUCAAAAGUUUUUGUUUGCCGUGGACAUGUCAAACUUCAUCUAUCCGUGCCAUUUUUUUUGUGUUUUCUACCUAUAUACUGUGGCACCCAUGCACUUAAGCUAUAUUUCUAAGCUAGUGCAACUGGAUGACAUGCUUUUUGGUUGUGGAAUUUUUAAUUCAAUUUUUGAUUAUUCAAAUAAUGCAAAAAUAUUAAGUUUACUUUAUUUAUCUGAUGUUUUGAAAGCUAGUUAUGGGCAUCAUAUUGUUCUGCUGCAUUAGCAUGAUUGUUGCAUUUGCAUGGAUAGUUUAGGAAAGUGGAAAGAUCUAUUCUCUGACCACCAUUGUUAUGAUUACAAAAUCAAUGAAACUUCUGAUUGACACUGUAUUUGUUUGUGAAGCCAGCUAUACGGCCCUGUUGCAGUGUGUCUAACUUGGUUAAUGAGAGUAGCAGUUAGCUUCCGUGGUUUUCUAGGAAGCAAAUCUGAGUGGAGUUUUAAAGAAAAUAAAUGCUUAACACUCAG